AUGGAGCUUGAAUCAAUCCAAGUCUCUUUGCGGCGUUCGUCGCGAAAACACGCUUGUCCGGCAAGUCCAGAAGCAGCUGGCGAAGACGAACAGGAUGAUGCGUCUCUUGGAUCUAUUGCACGAAAAUGCCGAGCUAUCGAACAUUCGGACACAGGCACACCAGUGAGAGAGCAAAGCAAGAAACAGAGCGCAACGCAACCAAGGAGUCAUCCAGAGCGCGCUGCAGAGAGAUCCAAUGCCCCUCGAUCUCGCCAGACAUCAACUAUCGCAUCCACGCUGUCCCACGAAGACUCAGUGCCAGCCGAUUGCUGCGUUGUGUGUCGCCGCCGCGGCGGGAACUACGCAUAUACUUGCGUGUACGAAGAUGACUCUGGCAAUUGCAAGAGGUGUGUCAAAGAGAAGUACAAAUGCAGACCAGCUACAGCAGAGGAGAUUGCGAAGAGCGAGGCUCGAUGCCCACAAUGCAAGAAGAGGGGGCUUAACAACUGCUGGUAUGUGGAUGGGAAAUCCUCUUGUGAGCCAUGUAUCAAGUGGAAGAAGAACUGCGGUGCUCCCACCAAGCGCAAGUUCAACGCCAACACACGCUCGUUUCUGGGUCUACCUACGCCAGAGCCCGGACAGAACAGAGCGGCUAUAGACGGUCAAGAAGCUAUGGCGGAGCGAUCACGCUCCAUAUCAACGGACACCGCUCCUUACCCAGCGCCCUCACCUGUACCUCCGACUGCGGCCCCGCCUUCUCGCACGCAAAGAUCUUUUCGACAGAUCACAGCAACGGCCUCAUCUACCCUAGAAAGCGACAGCAAACAAACGUCAGUCAGAACAAAGGAGCAAUUUGCGUUGGGCGGAAGCCAGGAGGCCCUUAGCAAUAGCUCCAGUCGCAAAACUAGGACCAGUACUCGCGCCUCUCACGCUUCAUCUGUGCGUGAUGGUCGUGAUGCUGAUAGGACGACGGCAGAGUAUAGUGCCGCACUACUCAACAUUGCGCUCGUACGUGGAUCGAGUAGAGCUUCCAGGCGGGACAGAUGUUCAUUCUCACCCCUCACCGUACAGGAGGCCACUCCGGAUGACUCUGCCGCAGAAGAUAGUCAAUCUCUUGCCACGGAUAUCGAGAUGGCGGAUGACGAGUCGGCAGAUCUCCAGCUGAUCACGGAAAGCACGAAGAUUGUAAAAUCGCCUGGUUCCGUGACCAGCCCCACGCCUAACGAUGUUGACGCAAUACAAGCAUCAACGUUUGACAGUGACGAUUUAAACAAUCAAGCUUCAAGUGCCUCGCGACCUCACACGGUAAGAACAGAUGCACAGACAUCACGUCUGCGCCGUAGUCGUGCUCGGCCAUCGUACGUCGAAUUGGCCCCGAGCGAUGCAUCAGACGAAGACCUGGAGGAAGACGACGAUGAAGUCUGGGAUCCGGAGAUAGAUGCGGAGAGCAUGAUUGAUGGUGAAGAUGAAUUCGAAGAUGCUGCUCAAAGUUCUGCAGAUGAGGACGGAGACGAGGAAGAUGCUGAUUCCAUAGACGUGGACAUUGCGCCAGAACCCACAUCUACAUUGCGAAGAAGAUCACAGCUGCCCCCAAAGCAAGGCAAAGGCUUAGACUUGAGCCUUCCUCCAUUAAACAACAUUCGCGAUAUCACUGCAGACAUGACGUCCAAGGCCAUCAAGCUUGGGCUAUCUGAGGUCCUCCAGAGUCUCGACGGUCGGUCCAUCAACGUGGCGACAAUGUGCUCAGGCACGGAGUCUCCGCUUCUUUUCUUGCAAAUGUUGUCGGAAGCACUCGAUGCGAGAGGUGAAGCCCCUCUGCGACUCAAACAUCACUUCAGCGCGGAAAUCGAUGCCACUAAACAAGCGUACAUUGAGAGAAACUUUCACCCACCUAUCCUCUUCAGAGACGUUCGACAACUUGGCGAUGAAAUUGUCGACACAGCGACUACUGCGUACGGAGCAGAAGAGAAGAUCCCGGGCAACUUGGACAUACUUAUUGCUGGCUUUGUCUGCAAGGACUUGUCCUCUCUGAACAGCCGCAAGAAGACCGUUGAUGACCAGGGCGAAACUGGCGAUACAUGGAGAGCCAUUUACUUCUACGUCAAGCGCUUCCAGCCAGGCAUUGUGCUGUUAGAGAACGUCAAGAGCGAUAAGCGGACAUGGGAUGAUGUGGUAUCGAGGUGGUCGAAGAUCGGUUACGAGGCAGCUUGGGUCUACUGUGACACGAAGAACUAUUACAUCCCACAGACUCGUGAGCGGAUGUACAUGAUCGCAAUCAACCGCAGGCUGUACGGCAAGAAGGUUGGUGAGGCUGCCGCUAACUGGACGUCUACGAUGCAGAAGCUGCAGAGACAAUGCAGCAGUCCCUAUGAAGCAUUCCUCACCGAUCUGCCAGUCAGCGUAAUUGACCAUUCGACAUUGUCUUCCGAACCCGAGUGGAGCCUCUGCAAACUGAGGUACGAUCAGAUCCGCUCAGAGCAGAAGCUGGGCACCCGCCGUCCAAUCACACAAUGGAGUGAGAACGGAACUUUGCACCCACCCGAUUACGCCAAUCGUAAAUGGUACGACUCCCAGUCUUCACGGGUCUACGAUGCAAUCGAUGUUGCUCAUUUGCUUGCUGCCCAAGACGGAUACGAUUCCAUGUUUAAGAUGAGAAUUUGGGAUGUGAGCCAGAAUGUGGAUCGUUUCAAGAUGGGCAUGGGUCUAGUGCCUUGCAUCACUCCUGGAGGCUGCGACUUUGGCAGCAACCGUCAAGACGCAUUGAGCGGCAGUCAGACGCUUGUUCUGCAAGGCAUGCCUCUUGAUAAGCUUCACUUUGCAGGUGAGACUCAAAGAGAAUGUCAAGAUCUCGCAGGAAACGCAAUGUCCACGACUGUAAUUGGAGCGUCUUUGAUAUCCGCUAUCCUCCAUGGUUCAAGAGCAUUUCGAACGAACACCUCAACCGAUGUGCUGGACCUGACUUCACCAAAGCCCGCAAUACAGAAUCGCCUCGUCCACGCUGGUACACUGCUAGUGCACAAGUAUCGUCCAGCAGACCCAGAGGAUCUUGAUAUUGCACAAUUAUUGCGUGAAGCAAAGCUCACUUCGCGGCUCUGUGCUUGCGAGGGCGAGCGACAAAUUGCUGAAUCGGACAUCAAGAUCUGCUCGGGAUGUAGUCACACAGCAUGCACGAAGUGCGCAUCAAACCCUAGGCACCAGUACGCGGACAACAUUUCUAGAGAAUGCCGGCAGCAGACAACAAACGAAUUUAUCAGAUACUGGAGACCGCGAUUGCCCUCACGCUUAAACUUAGAGAAGUUUCCGAACCUGAAUGGUCACUUGUCUCAACUACAAACGGAGCGAAACAGGUAUGAGGCGUACGUCAAGAGGAUCGUCGAAGUCAAUAUUGGAUCGCAGCAGUUCAACUUGCGUAAAUUCGUGCGGUGCGACAAUGGAUGGAAAGUUGUGUACCUGGGAGACAACGCAAGGAUUGAGCUUUCAAUUGGAGACGGAGCGCAAUGGCGCCUCUUCGUUGAUUGUUCGCUGGAGGUCCCCAGCAAAUCCGACUUGCGCAAAGCACUCGACAACCCGAUCGCACGAGCGAAGGUUGAUUUUUCACUUCUCAACGUUGACUGGGAGGUAUUCGUGCCGUCAAACGAAGAACGCUCUCUACAUAUUCGCGGUUUUGGUGGUCGGUCUAAGUCAUGGAGAAAUCUUCUAGGCUUGCCAGACUAUCAAGCCGAGACUGUACCAGCGCAGAUCCAAGUACAUGAUACGAGCGGAGAGAUUAAAUUCCUCCAAGGCGUUUAUCAGCGCCUGCCCUACUGUGGAACCGCUGAAUACAGUUUAUAUAAGAGAUGUGCUAAACCCACCUUGUAUCUCUUCCUGGACCCAGACCCCAUCGGUGAGGCGAGGGAAGAUGGCUUCAUUUUCAGCCAGGAUUGCAGCAGAAAGCGAUAUGGCGAAUCUCGGAUGGUUGUGGCUCGUUUGAAAUCAGCCUGGCGACCAUGGCAGGCCAGUGAUGCGAAAGAAUAUUGCGUCGACGUGAUGCUUGCUGGAUCGUGGACGACUGUCUCAACGAGACUGGCAACGUCCGAGCUUGCACCUGCUGCGAAAGUGUUCCAACCCGGCACCCCUCUAACGAAAUUUACGGACACAUGUACAAACGCAGUCACUGUGCUUGAUGUUACUGUGCCGGAGGUCUUGUUAGCUCAGAAGUCCAGCGACUUUUCCUGGGCUUUAGAGCCUAUUAAAGCUGCACCUUCGCUGAGCGACUGGCAGUCCAUCAGUGUCGACACUCAGAGCGACUGCGAGUGUGCGCCUACUUACCCAAGUCUCCUGUGGAGCGUGGACCAAGCUGGUAAAGCUACACCACACGAAAAUCGCAAGGCAGCAGCCAUAUUCGAACGCGGAGUCAAGACUCGAUGCCCUGUAUUCCAUCAGCAGCCAACAAUUAGCAAGAACCAGACACGUAUCAAAAUUGGUAUCAACAUUCCCUCGCUCGUGCAUCGAGCUAAAGGACGACUCGCACGCGUAGGCAGCAUGGGCCCUUCCCGUACUGCCUGGAGACUUUUGACCGAUCACGCGGACACCGCGCCUUCACAGACCAAGUUUCGUUUACGCAGUAACGCAAAUGAUGCGCCAUUCUCAGGGCCAUUGAGCCUCAUGCACGACUUACGCGGAGCGCAACCGCAGGCUCUGGCUUGGAUGCAUGCUCAAGAAGCUGGUAUUUCGCUCGCAAUCACAGAAGUUGAGGAGGCUGUACACCAUGAUCUUGGUUGGAGAGCGGAAGCUCGUGCUCAGACCACGACUGCAGUUCGGGGCGGUGUUCUUGCUGACUUGCCGUCGUUUGGCAAAACCGUCACGACUAUCGCGUUGAUACAGAGCGAAUUUGAAGUUUCAUCACCAGAGACGAUACUCGAGCAGAAUAAACUUGUGGCUAAACCUUCGCCACAGCUCAUCGACACUGCAGCAACGCUUAUUGUCUGCCCUCCACACAUCGCAAUGCAAUGGCAGACAGAGCUGGGACUCUUUCUGGGCGAUCAGCAAUACGAGGAAUUCGAUAUCCGCGUUAUCAGAGAUUUUGCGGAGCUCAAACGUCUGACCAUUGACGAUCUCCAGCGCAGUCGAGUGGUCGUUGUUUCCUGGACGGUGCUGUCGGACGAUGAAUACAUCUCCGAGCUGGCGCGGGUAACAGCGAUGCCCGAGCCUGCCAAUUCGAGCUGUCGAGCAUUUGAUGCCUGGAUGGAUGGUGUUGUCAAAGAUCUGCCGUCUCAGGUCCUUCUAAUGCAGUCUAUGGAUAUGGACGAAUUCAAGCGAGCCACACAAGAUCUUCUUGACGAACGUUUGCAGCAGCCUGUCUUCCAGGCCACACUACCAUUAAGACUGCAGCACGGAAGCAGCUACCAGUCAUACCAGACCAUUCGAGAUGCCAACGGCCAAAAGCCGAGCACCCAGCAUAGGUCAUCCUUAAAGCGGAAAUCGUCCGGCUUGAACAACAAGGUUGUGCCUCUUCUGCAUAUGUUCAGGUUCAAUCGUCUCGUGGUUGACGAGUACCAUUACCUGAACGAUUAUAAGUUAAUCAAGAACAUGUUCACGGCAGUUAGCGUCAAGAAGGUGGCUGCGCACAAGCGAUGGAUUCUUUCUGGAACGCCUGCAUUGGCGAACUUCACAGAUAUCAGCAACAUCGCAUCCUUCUUAGGUGUCAGACUGGGUAGAUUCGCCGUUGGAUCUGGCAAGCUGACCUCGCUAGAGAAAUUCCUCGUGAACGACCAGACUGCUGUUGAGCGCUUCUUAUCCAAGACCGAAGUCAUGUCUCACCAAUGGCAUCAAGCUCGACACGAUCGGGCACAAGAAUUCUUGGACUUAUUCGUUCGGCAAAAUGAAGCCUCAUUGGGGCACAUUCCGUGUCAUGAAGAUCUGCGAGCAGUUCAUCUGGCCGUUGCCCACCACGCAGUGUAUCUUGAGCUCUCCCAGCAUUUGAUCUCCCAGCGAAUGCAGGUGAAGAGGCUCAAGAACAAGGCUGAAUCGGAUAGGGUCAGUAGACUUAAUGCCAGCCUGAACAAUUCAAAAACAGCUGAAGACGCCCUGCUGAAGGCUGCGCUGCUCAACGAGACCAGCGCAGGGGAGUCCGGUCUGGACUCGCUUCUUCGAAAGAGAUCUGAACAGCGACGUGAGACUGAGCAUGAGAUUUCGCGACUCAUGCGUGCUUUUGUGUGGCACAAGCGCACUGGCUUCAAGGGCCUGAAACCUACCGAUCCAAAGAAAGCAGAGACGGAGGAAAACACUGUCCCCAAGCUAUGGGCAAGCUUCACGCAGGACAUCAGGAAACACGCGUGGCUUGGAGACUACGAUGCGACGACAAAGUCGAAGGUUCUUCUCUUGAAAGCGGAAACAAAGCCUACUUCUGGAGGCUUUGAGGAGCUGAAGAAUGCUUCGAAAGAGAAGAUGAUCAGGGAAGCUAAGAAGAUCAUGUCACACCUACGCGAUUCCUGUGUUGAGCUCGCGUUGCGCACGAGAUCAGAGCGUUUCAUCAGCAAUGUGCAAGAUUUGUUGCGACCAUUGUGCGAAGAUUCGCACGAGCCUAUAUCGUGCGAUGCUGAGCAUUGUCAGAAGACAGCCAUCAUCUCCGAGAUCUAUCUGGCCUCCCAAUGCGGGCACCUCACCUGUGAGCCUUGCCUUUUGGCGCGCGGUGAUGAUGAGAACUGCGUUGUUACUGGUUGCAGCUGCACCGUCCAAGCUGUCAACUUGAUUAGAGCCACUGACCUUGGCUCGACACCGGAGACAGUGUCCGAACACAGCUUUGGCCGCAAGAUGGAUGACAUCGCGCGACUUAUCAAAGAAAUUCCAGCCGAUGACCAGGGUCUAGUCUUCACACCCAACGAUGAAACGGUUGCAAUGCUAGGUGAGGUGCUUGAUCACCAUGGCAUCCUGUUUUAUACGCCAAGCGGCUGUAAACCACCGCAGGCGGCGAAGAUCAUCGAGGAGUUCAAGGCGAGUGUCGAAGAGGAUCCAGAGAACCGUCCAAAGGUGCUCUUGCUCAACUUGACCAGUGAGACCGCCGCAGGAGUUAAUCUCACCAAUGCAAACCACAUCAUCUUCGUCUCGCCGUUGCUCGUUGAGAGUCAAUACAAGUAUGAUUCGGCAAUGACACAGGCCAUCGCACGAAGUCGGCGGUACGGUCAAGAGAAGCAGGUCCAUAUCUAUCACUUCGCUGCGCUCCGCACUAUCGAUGUCGAUAUCCUCGAGCAUCGACACAAGCGUACGAAUGGCAUCACGGCGGUGAAAUCGACUGUCUGUAUGCCAUCAAAGCCUACGAGUAAAGAGAAGACGAGGCUGGUCAAGAACAAGCACGGAUCGAUGGCUUUGGUGCCUGUCUCGUGGCUUGCUGAUGAGAAGGCGCGAAAGGAACUGGGUGUUGGGAAGGAGCUGGAGAAGUUCACAUCGUUGAUCAACUUCUCUGAGACAUUCGAUGACAGCGAGGAGUAG